AUAUCUUUUGAAUGAAAGAUAAAUUGCUGAAUUCGGUUGAUUUGUCUGCUACUAUUCGAUUUUGCUUUAGUGACACCAAUUCUGAGACUAUAAAAGCAAUAAGUGUAUCGUGUUACUUUCAACAGAAGUCAACACAACAAGAAGAGGUUUUUGUGCUUGGAGAAUCCUGUCCUAGACCUAAACUAUAAUUAAAAGAAACUAUCUCCAAAUUCCAUUGCAUAUGACAUCUUUAAUCAAUCCAUAUAAUUCAUCAACAAAAACUAUAUAUUACUUGGAUUGUGCAAAUAUAAAUUUUAGUAAUGCUAUUGACUGGGACUAUUACCGUACAUUUGAGUACCAACUAUUAUUGAUAUUUAUAAACCGUAGUUUUUAUAUUUAGUUUGUUCUGAUCCGCUAGAGCAGUGCUGCCAUAGAUAAAAGUCAAAGGAUUCUUUUGGAGUUGACGAUCAUAUUCCAAAUAUCACUACAAAUAAACAGCAGAAACAAGCUUUUUGAUUCCAUAUUAACUUUUGAAGAAGGUUAAUAAGAUUUGUGAACAAACUUUUGUUUUGUUUAUUUCUCUUAAUUUGCUCUAAUUUCCACGCAGAAAACAUUUGAAAUUGUUUCUACGAAGGGUAAAGAUGUGGAUUAAUGUGUAUUUCUCAUGGAAUUCAACUUGGCAGCAGAAUAUUGAGCGAAACAAGUUUGCUUACAAAAAUUCCUUUAGCCCUUUUGAAGAAUUCAUAUUGAAUUAGAAGUGAUGCAAAGUUGGCUUUAGAGGAAUUAAAAUCCAGCAACGUUAUCGAAAGUUCAAACUCUUGUGGCUGAGAAGAUAUGAUAGUAUUGGGUAUUUGAAAUUAUUUUUUUAGCUUUAAAAGAGCUUCAAUUUCCCGACAUUUUCCAUGUUCCUGUGAUUCUGGAUACAUCGUGCACUGUACAGUAAAUAACAAUAUAUACAUGAACCUCAAGCACGGUUUUGUGUGAUAUGCAAUUGAAAGUUCAUCUUGAACUAAUCUAAUUUGCUGACAGAUAAGUAACCUAGUAAUCUAGCAUGAAAAUGAGAUUAUUAAAAUAUAGGCUAUUGCAAAAUCGACACCUACCAACUCGUUCAACAACGUUGUUGGUAUAGAGAUAAUGAUUGGAAUAUGCAGAUAACUUUUAUACGGACAGCAAAUAGAAUUUUGAAGAUUAUCACACAAAAAUGUCCCCAAAUGUAAACUAUUGAGAUAUUCGACGUUUAAAAUACGCACACUGAAAUCUCGCAUUUUUAUACUACCGCCCUCCCCGCAGGUCCAGAAGCGGUUUGUUUGCCUCCCAAUUCGCCGUGUAAAAGUUUUGUUUUCCUUCCAUUUUAAACGUCAAAGCAGCACAAUACCAACCCUGCUGGAUAAGUCUAUAGACAACAAUGUACACUAUGACUCUUUUGCAUUGUUCCCUAGAACAGCAGCGUCAAAUAUAUUCAUGUAAACAGUACUGUUCAGAAAAGUGGGGUUAACUUCUUCAGUAACCCUAAUGCUAGGUUGGUGCAAAACCUCAUUGAGACAGACAGCAGUUUAAGUUUCAUGGCCUACCAAGAAAAUCUCCGAAGGUCGCAUAAAAACAGUAUGUAUAUAAACUCUGCUUGAGAAACCGUUGCACUAGACAGGAUAUUGAUAUCUGGAAUUACACACCUAAAAUUUAUCAUAAAACAUUCGAUUCUUUUCUCGAAAGAAUGGAAGAAUGUUUGGUUUCCUAUUGUUUUUCUCAACACAUUGAUACCCUUUCGUUAUUCCUUUUCCCAACCCCAAAAACACCCAGUCAAAUCAUUGACAACGAAACCGCCAUCCUACCGACUGAUUGAAAUAAUCCAAAACCAUGUUUUCUGCUUUGUUUCAUCUCUUCCCGCUCUAACGUAACGAUCUUAUUUCUGUCGCAAACCAACUGUACUAUUAAUAUUAUCGAAAAACACACGCAAACAGUUUGCUCCACGAUGCUCCCGCACGCGACCUCCGGCACUGGUGCCGAUGUGGACGAUGACGGUUUCCUGGAGAACAUCUUCCAUCUGCAGUCGAUGGAGAAGUUCAAAAACUCACACCGCCUUCUCAAGCUGACAAGCUCACUACCUCCAAGUCCAGCGGACAGCGGUGUCUCCGAUGUGGACAGCUCAAGCAGUGGCGGCCAGCCUGCCUGCAGCGAUGAACUCAAGGCCCGCCUCGGAGCGUCAAUCCAGACCAACAACAACAACAACAACGGCAGCAGCAGUAGCAGUAGUCAUCCGGGCAGUUCCAGCACCAACGGCAGCAACGUAUUACUACCGGGCGCCGGUGGAGGAGGCGGCGGUGGCGGUGGUGUUGGUGGUGGAGGACUUCCCUCGAUUAAUGCGUCAUCCUCAUCACCUACGUCCGGCUCGUCGCUUCCCUCUUCGGUGGCUCUCUCGGCGGCAGCAGCGGCAGCGGCCGCCACCCAGCAACAUCUGCAGCAGCAAGCACAAGCCCACUUACCGCCGGGAACGUUCCUCCGGCCGAACUUCUACCAUCACAGCUCACCGCCGCUCAGGAAUAUCUGGAACCAGCGGAGUGUACCCC